GGCCGCUGUUCGACAACGGUUUCGAUGCCCCGUCAGAGGAGGAACGCCUCGAGGCGUUGGUCAACCUCCUGGGCCAGUCGGGCGACACAGAGGGGGCCGCCAAGUACCAAAAGCAAUUCGACGAACAUCGGCGGUCCCAGCAGGAAGCAUCGAUCACAGUCGGAGCCGCCACUCAGCGGGUGAAGCAGUCAGAAGCUGGACUACGCCGUGCAGUGGAGAGGUUCGAUCGGAUCGAGAAACAGUACAAUGAGGCUCAAGCGGAGGCUGCAGCGGCUUCAGCUGAAGUGGAUCUCGCCCGAAGCAUCUACCAAGCGGCGGUCAAGAGGCUCACCACUUGCGUCGCUGCAGACGAACAGGCCGCCAAUCCAGAACAUAACGCUGUUCCAACCAUCGACCUGGCAUCGCCAUUGGAAGGCCAAGAACUCCUCCUGGAUGACGGCGGCCUUUACGGACUCGACGAACUGGGCGACGUGGUCACAGAUGACGACAAGCAAGAAACCCAGCGGCGCAAGCACGAGCUCCAAAAGCAAUUUGCAGAGGCUGCCAAGGCGUGCUUCGGAGACCUCAAGGCAAAAGCGUCGGCCAUUACGGAGGGGCAGGCCAAGCAGAAGGAGCGCUUCAAGGCCGAGCGACCUCGCCCCAAUGCCGAAGGCGAUGCCGACCAGACCAAGCCGCAGGGCGACUCAGGGGACACGCCUGGGCAGCCAAGCCUCAGCGGCGAGCAGACUCCAUCAGUCGUCAGGGAUGCCAAGGAGAAGCUGGCUUAG